GGCCCUUGUAGUUCCAUGUGGGCACCAAUUAACUAAGGUGCAACCUUGAUCCCGAAUCUCGAGCUCCACAUCUACCUAACCCUAACCCAGCCACCGGAAUUGGCAUUCAACUUAAUUAGCUUUGUCUGGAGCAAACGCGUCGAGCGCGUUUGGUGCACCAACCCUUCCAUUGACUGUCCAGUGACUGUUCGACAAGAACCUGCCUAAACACAAAACCGAAAAACUCCAGCCCGAAAAAUAGCCAGGAUGUCCGACUUCGAGGACGAAAUGGACAUUGACGUCCCUAUCUCAAAGGACGUCACGUUUUCAUCAGACAAUACAGGUGGCAAAGGCAAACGCAGCGCCGCGAACCUGCCCGUCGAGGCUGAGGACAGCCUGCCAUGGGUUGAGAAAUACCGCCCAGUUUCGCUUUCCGACGUCUCCGGUCAUCAAGAUAUCCUUGCAACUAUCAACAAGUUCGUCGAGUCGAACAGGCUACCCCACCUCCUCUUCUAUGGCCCUCCCGGCACCGGCAAGACCUCGACCAUUCUUGCCCUCGCGCGGCAAAUAUACGGUACCGAGAAUAUGCGCCAGAUGGUGCUGGAGCUCAACGCCUCAGACGACCGCGGCAUCGAGGUUGUGCGCGAGCAGAUCAAGACGUUUGCGUCAACCAAGCAGAUCUUCACCCUCGGCUCGUCGGCGGCCCGGACAGGCAUCGCCGGUUUCAAGCUCAUCAUACUCGACGAGGCGGACGCGAUGACCAACUCGGCCCAAAUGGCCCUGCGAAGAAUUAUGGAGAAGUACACGGCGAACACGCGGUUCUGCAUCAUCGCCAACUAUUCACACAAGCUCAGCCCCGCCCUGCUCUCGCGGUGCACGCGCUUCCGCUUCAGUCCACUGAAGGAGCCGGAUAUCCGUAGCCUGGUGGACAAGGUGAUUGAUGAGGAGAAUGUCAAGAUCGUCCCCGAUGCAGUUGAUGCGCUGGUGCGGCUGAGCAAAGGCGACAUGCGGCGAGCGCUAAACGUCCUCCAGGCCUGUCAUGCGUCCAGCACACCUCUGCACGAGCGAGGCGCACCCAAGAUACCUGAGAAGGACAUCGUCCGCGAGACCAUCACAACGCAGACCAUAUACAACUGCGUCGCCGCGCCGCCGCCGGAUGCCAUCAAGAAGAUCCUAGACACACUAUUAAGCACAAGCGACGUCACCGCCUGCCUCUCGACCAUCAAUACCAUCAAGGUGGCACAAGGGCUGGCGCUUGCGGAUAUAAUCACGGCGUUGUCGGAAGAAUUGGUCAAGCUGGAGGUUAAGCCGCAGGUCAUGAUCACCUGGCUAGACGCGCUGGCAGACAUUGAGCACAGGGUAGCGAGCGGCGCGAAUGAGAGGAUACAAACCGGUGCUGUGGUAGGGGCAAUACGGAAUGGCGUCGAAUUGAUGGGCUGAAUGCUUCAUAGCUUUUGACAGAGCUUGAGCAGAAGACAGGGGCACCGUUGAGUGAUGCUGGCUGCAAGACCCCUGGAUGAGGGUGAUGCAGGAAACAGCAGCACGCGAUGGCGAAAGCCCUUGACCACCGGGUCCACGCACCUACAGAAGGAAUUACUGGUUUGGGAUGCUUUCUUGGGCGGGAACAGCGGUACGGGUGCAGCGAAAUUGGACUUUGGAAGGUCCUUGAACCGGGGAUCCGCAUGGACGACAGGUUCGCUAUGGACUAGGGCUGGGCUGUUAAAGGGGAAGUCGAGCUCGAGUUUGGAAUUGCUGAAACCCGCCAACACAGGCCAUGUUCCUGAGCUCGCUGUCUUCACUUCUCUAUCCGGGACGAGAACGGAAGUUGCAGCCGGUUAAAUGACAACCUGCUCGGCCUCUUAACAUACCCAAACUGCCAAUAGGUACAAUUGCCAAGAAAAUGCAGAUAUAGCCAAAUUGCUAGGCUG